GGGUGCUACCAGUCAGCUCUGUCGUCUGUUCCAUAUAAAUCGCCCUGAACAGCGUGCACAGAUCAACAGACAGCCUGAUAAUCCCCAGCACCAGACGAACUCGUAUCAUAUUUUCUACUCACCAUCACUCGGCAGACAGGAGAUUCGUUAACACCGGCUCACGGGCAUCAUAGCUGAGGUAUGCCAGUUGGGUUGACGGGGGAUAGCCCGACUCUCAUCCCGAAGAAUUUCCGUUUCAAUCCACCGCAAUACUUGGUGAACAUUCCUGUCAGUGUUUAGUCUGUAGUCGCCUGUCACUCUUAACGAUAACUGGAGUGCAAACAAUCUUCCAGAGCUGCAAUCAGCAUCCUCCUUAAACGCAAAACUGUGAACUUGCAAGUUUUCUUUUAAAACUCACUCACCGUUAGCCUUGUGACUAACUGGUUCUUGAGCUUGCCGCGAUCAUUUACCAUUAGAAACAGUUACAAUAAUGGCUCAACUGGUUGGAAGUUGGAAGCUAGUCCGCAGUGAGAGUUUUGAGGAAUACCUGAAAGAGAUGGGUGUGAAUACCCCAAUGCGGAAGCUGGCGACCCACAUGCAUCCUUCUUGCGAAAUCAAGCGAGACGGGGAUUCCUUCAGCAUCAAAAUGAACGUCCCUGUCAUCACCAUACACGAACAGGGGUUUACCAUCGGCGUCCCCUUCGAAGACCUGCUCCCCAACGGCCUGAAGCAGAUGACCAUCGCCAGACUGGAAGAUGAAAACAAGAUCAGAUUCCUGGAGGAGGAAGAGUCUGAUAAACCACACGUGGUCGUACGCGAAGUCAUUGGCGAUGAGAUGAUCAUGACUUGUUCCAAGGGCGAUGUCAAAUGUACCCGGAUCUUCAAGCGGAUCGAAAACUAAGCAGAGGAAGGAGAUUGAUCACCGCAGUCAGCUCCCGUAUAACACAAGGUCCAUUACUCGGACGACCGGAAACAUCGCCGACACCCUAAAUUGGUAAACCACAAGUUUAACUGUUAUAUAGCACUAUAUGUAGUCUAAAAAGUACAUUUAGCUUCACUUCAACUAACAGUGUACGCUUUUACCACUAGUAAUCUCAUUUUAUUAGUGGCUUCCAAUACUUCAAGGACUCUUAAAUUAAUUUUCUUGUUUGGAAACCACAAUGAGCCGUGUCGUCUAUGUGCCUAGUGUAUACAAAAUAAACUGACGUCUACUAACACAUGUUAUGUCACGCCCGUUGCACACGAAGAAUUAUUCCGCUGACGCAGGACUGCGUUAAAGAUUGACUCAGUCUUUGACGUACCAUGAAAGAGUGAACGACAUCACACACAGAGCAAAUGAAAAAUAACAGUUAAUUGCUUUUGCGUACGGGCUAAUUAGCUGCAGAGGCUUGAAAAGCGCAUCUUUUGACGCAGUCGAACUUGGGUCUCGUGUGCAACGGGCGAUCGAGAAAUGGCGUUAGACGCAGCAUUGUUUCUGUCAAAGAGGUCUUUGAAAGGCUAUGCAGUAUGUGAGUACAUAUUACAUGUUGAAUUCAUGUUAAAAACCUAUGAGAAGCAGCUGCUAUUCACAACGUGUGUAUUAUCACUCUAAUCUAUAUAAAUAUAUUUGUAUAUUUAGAACAGGAAUUUUUGCUGCAAUUCGAUCGACCAAGUUAACACUAUGUUUGUCAUUAUGCCUUUUGUGCUUACGUGUGAAUAAUAUUCCUGGAAUUAUCGGUGACCAAUUUUUGCUCAUUUUGUUGAGUGCAUUGUGAUGUUUUUUGUAUGAUUUUAAAUUAUAGUAGUGGCAUUGAGAUUAUUGAUCUGAAUCAUUCUGUACAUUGUACAGAAGUAAUUAUAACGUCGACUUGUCAAUAAAAAAUAAAAAAAUAAACGUCGAAACCACCAAAAUAAGCUAAUAUUUCACAAUUUCAAAUUAUAAAGUGAGAAAAAAAAAUCAAUAUUGCUCAACAAAUAGACAGGUCUAAACUCACGCAAAUCACUUUCAAACGUUACCAUAUGAAAAAUAUUGAAUCCAGAAUUGUAUAAAUCAUAUAUUCGGUGAGGGUAAUCUUACAAUAGACCUGUCUUUUAAUAACUGAUGGUUAUUCUUCAUCAUGCUUUUGACGAUGGUGCAACACGUGUCAUUUUGUACUAUGAUUUGAUUUCGCAAUAUCUGAAUAUUCUUCCUUUACAUGGGCAUGAUAGAUGU